UGAAGCAUUGUAAUGGCAUGAACACGUUUUAACUUGUCAUUUAUUAAUAGUACUUGUAAAAAUUUUUGCACACACUUGCCGUGGCUUUUGUGUUCUGACAACUUAUAGUUUAUGAAGCCACUUAGUGAGUCAAAACGAAGCCAGAAGUAGCUUUAGCCUCACACUCUUCACGUUCGGAAACAAGCACACGUGCAUUUGCUUCUCGCCACAGCCGUAAAACAUCGCAUUCACUUUUGCCUGUUCUUACUCAAGUAAAAAGUCGCGAGUACCUCCCUAAAUGUUUGCGCAAAUCUCGGAGCUAUGCGCUUGGACGAGCAGGUGGAAAACAGACGGUUUCUUCUCUUGUACGCUUCGCAAACAGGACAGGCCGAGGCGAUAGCUCGUCGACUGAACGCCGCCGCCCUCGAACGAGGAUUUCUGCCCGAUCUGCACUGCGUGAGUGCUUUUGGCCGUGAGUUUGACCUGGUCAAAGAAAAAUGCUUCGUUGUCGUCACGUCAACUACGGACGAAGGGCUAGUGCCUGAAAACGCUCGUCGUUUCCUCCGCUACUUACGCAAGGCGGCGAACUCGGACAGCCUCCUGAGCGGGUCCAAGUACGCCGUUCUCGGGUUGGGCGACACCAACUACAACAACUUUUGCAACGGCGCCAGGACUCUAGAAAGUCAGUUUGACGCUUUGGGCGCUGCGAAGUUCUACGAGACCGGUUACGCCGACGACGCGGUGGGUUUGGAAAUCGUUGUCGAACCUUGGAUCGAGGGGCUGUGGACGGCAUUGCGUUGUACCCUGUAUUCUGCCCCAACCAACACAACGCCGAGUCGAGAGGACCGUUUGGUGCAAAGAAGUAUGGAAGAAAGAAGCCUAACGAGCUGUAGCCUAUCGGCUUCUGCGGAGCUCACGCUCCCGCUCAUGAAAGAUCCUCUGGUGUGCGUGCAACUUGACGUAUCUGGCGCCGACGAGAAUGUUUCGGACGGGGACGUCUGGCAAGGAGGUCAGCCGCUGCCUUUCCAAGAAUCGAAAAUCUUGUACGUCGCUCUCACGUCGGCGAAACGUCUGACCUUUUCGGACGAGGUCAAAGAAGCCUGGGAACUUGAAUUUCAGCUACCCACAGCGAGUGUCGAACCAAAAAUCUGCAUUAAACCGGGCGACUCGUUCGGCUUUCUCUGCGUCAAUCGCCCAGCCGAAGUGAGCUACGUCAUUGAUAGGCUAGGCAUUCGCGGUAGUCACGUGGUUGCCGUGACGCAUGCGCAGAAGGCACGCAACAUGGAACACCUGCCUAAAGCGCCGCUCACCGUGGAAAAGCUGCUUACUACCAUCUGCGACAUUAGGGGUAUUCCAAAGAAGAUAUUCUUGAGGACACUUGCAGAGUUUGCUUCUGAAGCGAGUGAAAAAAGGCGCCUGCUGGAGCUUAGUAGUAGAGAAGGCAGUAAGGACUACGUACGUUUCAUCCUCGAAGCAAGAAACACUUUCCUUGAUGUACUCAAGGCUUUUUCAAGCUGCAAGCCUCCUCUGGCUGCCUUGUUGGAACACUUGCCCAGGCUACUUCCUCGCUACUAUUCAGUCUGCAACUGGCCGCCUCAGGACAACAGUGUUCCAUGUCAGUUCAGGAUACUCUACAAACGAUGUCCAAUACCCGGACGUGAUGAAGAGGGUCUGUGCACUGGCUGGCUAACAGACCUUGCCAAGCAAUGGCGUGCACAGCACGACAUUGUGUCCGGCAUGAAAUCUUUAUCGCUGAGUGAAAAUGCUUGCAGCAGAGUGCCAGUUUAUCUUAGGAAAAACACGACAUUUUGCUUUCCCGAAUCAUUGAACAUACCUGUUGUUAUGAUUGGACCGGGCUCGGGUGUAGCCCCGUUUCUUUCAUACCUGCAGUGGCGGAGAGAAGUCAUGGCUCAGAGUGAUAGAGGUGAUGUAUCCGAGACAUGGCUGUUUACGGGUUGCCGGCACCGCUGCUUAGAUUUUCUGUAUGAAAAUGAGCUCUGUGGACUGGUAAAGCAAGGUGCGCUGUCGAAGCUGGUUGUUUCAUUUUCAAGAGAUGCUGACAGCGGGGACGCCACAACAGAAUCUGAUAUGAGACUCAAAGGGGUUGAGGGAAGUGCAGGACACGAACUGAAAGAAAAGGAUGUGGGUUGUUCGAAUUGGAUCCGCGGUGGAAAGUAUGUUCAAGACAGCAUGAGGCUUUGGCAUACAGAUUUAGCUCGGCUUAUUUCCGUAGCCAACUCGUGUGUGUACGUGUGUGGUGACGCUGUCAGCAUGGCAACAAGUGUGAGAGACACUCUCGUGGACAUUCUUGUUGAUGAGGGCAUUGUUGCAAGCAAGGAAGACGGUCUUGCAUUUGUGAAGGAACUUCAGAGGCAAGGUCGGUACUUGGAAGACAUCUGGACUGCGUGAUACUUCUGGUGCCUAGGUGAUGCAGUUCGGUAUCAAUUUUAAUGAUUUUGUAAUGUAGGCUUAUUUCACAAGUUUAGUAUGGAACUAUGAAAUCAAGAUGCAGUUGUAGUAUAUUUUGAACUUCAGCGAGAGAGAGAAAGGCAAAGGAAAGGCAGGGAGGUUAACCAGAGACCACUACAACGUCUUGAGAUGCUUGAACAGCUGUGUAGUGUAUGAAAGCAGUUUAAUAAGCAGUGGUGCCUUGUUCGAUUUUUUUGAUGCAGAAUAACUGUUAUGGUGUUAUGCUAUGUUUAAUGACAGUAAAUCAUUUUAAUUCAUAAUGACUGUGUAUACUGUGCCAUACCAACUGUGAUCAAUAGACAUAGUGAAUAAGCUGUGGCGUGCGGUGUAGUCGGUGCUACUGGUUGAUGGUGAAGUCAGUGAAGCCUAAGGUCUGUUAGCCAUCGUUUGCAAAGCCAUGUGAUUGUCCAGACCUGCAGUGAGGUGUAGUGCAGCAAUGCUGCUAUGGGUGAAACGGAUCAACGUACCAAUGUGAAAGUCUGCUUAAACUUGGGGGGAAUGAUAAGGAAACAUCACCUCAUGCUGUGCCACAUACAUAUGGCAGUGCAUGCUGCAAACCGUGCUUUAUCGAAAAAGUGUGUGUACGACGGUUUUUGGACAUUGCUGGCAUACAACACAAUAUGAACGCUGAACCCAACCGCAUCUCACAGGCUGCCUUCGCCGAGAGUAUACGAGACCUCUACACGCUUUCUCAUAAUUGCGUAACCAUGGGAGGCGAUUAUAUUGAAGGACAAUAAGCUGCAUUUAUGCAUAGAUGUACCACUUUUCCUGCCACUAAAUCAAGAACUCAAUCAUUCACCAUAUUUAUUGAUCGCAGGUUUUAUUUUAAUUACAAAAAGCAUUUGUCAGAGUUGUGUCGUUAUUAGAUUGCAUUACACAGGAACGCAUGUACAAGACCUAUUAUGUUUAGGGACAUCUGAUAACAUUCAAAAUCAUUCUCCUUUGCAUUUGAGUUCAUGAGCAAGCCUCAUCCAUCGCACAGCAUGACAUUCAAGUCACAUGGCUCGAAAAUUUUUUGUGUCACAGCAAAUGGAUGUUGUAAAAUGACAUUGAUCAUUAGAAUUUGAUUUCGAAGUGAAAAGUUAUUUCUCGUAUACCUGAACUCUGCAGCUUCUUUCAGUUGCACAAUUUAUCAUGGCUGCCUACUGCCAUCUGCAGUCUAUUGUAUCCAUAACACGACAUGUAACAACUUGCUACAGCAAAGAGUGACAACACUGCGUAAUAGGUUAGUAGUAAACUCGACUGGUUCCCUUUCGAGGCUGGCGCUGGAACAAGCCUGCCCAAGCUAAACUUUCAACUGCUUCCAGAGCAAUCGAAAACGCCACGUGGCUAGUAGUCUGUCGGAUCUUGGAAGCGCUGUUAGCUUGCAAAUGGGAGCACCUCAGAGUGCACCAAGCUCAAAUGCGGCCCACUGAAUGAACUAGGUAAAUGUAUUCUGAGCAUUUGAUUUCGACCAGGCGGGUAUAAGCACACCGCCAGAGCACUCAAAAGCGACCAGUUGAAUGUUCAAUAAGUCUACAGACGAGCUAUGAGAGGGAGAGAAAGAACACUAGACAAGCACAACAGAACAGGAUCAAAUGUGCCUUGUGCUCCGUUUCGCUCCAGAUUUCUGGUAGUCUCCACCAGUAAUUUGUGCUUUCUUACUGAGUUUAACCAUGGUCCAUCUAUAGUUUUCAUCUGGUCACGAAACUCCCGCAUAAUGGCAUGGUAGCAUUUCAUAACGUGGCCACAUGGAGACGCCACUGGCGCAAGUUAUUGGAGCAGACGUCGCACAGAUGCCAUAGGCAUUGUUUGUGUACACCGACCUUUGUGCAAAGGUCAACUGCCAUUAUCAGUAUGUGAACAGUGUCUGCACGACAUGCAAAUUUCCACCCUGUUGGUGUAUAUAGUGUUCAAAAAGUGAAACAUGACGAAACUACUACAAUGUGCUGUUUCACUUCCAGUUUCACCUGAUUUUCAGACUAAUUCAGAAUUAAAAAUGUUCAUUUGGGACUCCUCCAUUCUUAGACAGUGGCUGCAGAGCGAUUGCACGUCACACUAUUAUGUAAUUAGGUGUAAAAUGCAUGCAUUGCUGAUCGUAGCUGCUUGUGUUUGUCCUGAAAGAGUAGGCAGGCAUUGUGCCCCUGUCGGUGGCAGUUGUCAGCUUGCUCGCUCCCUAUUUCCUUCGUGUCCUUGUGUUAUACGUGUACAAACCAAAUAAUAAUAAUAAUAAUGUUUGUUCUUACGCUGUACAUUUCUCUCUGUAUGGUUGCAGUAUGUUUCGCGACAGCGACAAUCCCUAACAUUUGUUGUGUGCCUGCAUGUCAUGCCAGUUGCAAGGGCGGCGACUAAACAAAGUCAUUGUUUUGUUCCCCUAACAUCGUAGACCUAUGAGACAAGUGGAAGCUACUUUUCCACAGCGCGAAAAUUUUUGCUUCACAUUUGACUGGAAACAGGUUCGAAUGUGCAAAAGACAUUUUGAUGUUGAAGCUGUUAUUCGUAGAGAUGUGUUUAAAGUGAACAAGAAUUUUAUGUCGCUACAAUGUGAGGGAUGUAAGCUUAAAGCAGACACCAUUCCUAGGACUUCGAAGGCCUUGCGAGUUGUUUACUUUCUAAGCUGAAAGAACCACCUCGUCCAGUGACACCGUAUUUAUCAAGUAAUAGCUACCUAAUAACUAUGUAUACUAAAGGAUUAAUUAAACUUACUAAUUAUCUAACAACCUAAUUAAAAUAAUAAUUUAGCUAACCACAUAUAACUAGAAAUAACUAAACUAUCUUAACUUGCUAAUAACUAACUCAAGUGUACUUAACAAACACAAAAUAUAACUAAUGAAACUGUAAAUAAUUGCUAACUUAUAUUAGUAUAACUUAAUUAUACUUUAUUAUGUUUAUUACUUUAUUAGUAAUUAAGCUGAUAACUUCUCCAACUGAUUAACUAGCAUACCUAACUAAAAUGACACCUAACAAUCAUCUAAUUACUAACAACUUGCUAACCCAAUAUAACUAAGUAAAGAAUUUUCUAAAUAAGCUGACCGAAACGUUUUUGUGCGAAGAUGGCUACUUAGAGGGGGGGGGGGGGGCACGUCCAUCACGCAACGCUGCCAUAUAUAACUUAUGCACAAGUGCAUUGCACGCUAAAUUAUUUCGCCUAAAUUUCUUAUUGCAUGUUCAUGCUGCAAACAUGGUCAAAAUAAAUGUGGCAGAGGCACCCUUCCUGGUGAAAGAGUUGCAUGAUGGCGCAGCCCGCCCAUCUCGUGCAGCAGAAUGGCCCCCUUCUACUUACAUCAGCGCCUCUGGUGUCACCUUCUGUCCUUAUAUGAAACUUUUGGAGAAGUUUCCAAACCAGAAGAAAGGCAUUGAAGAACUAUGGUUUAACAGGCACUUCUCAU